AUGAGCUAGAUAUAUUUCUACUAAUGGAAUUAGCUUGCUAAAAGCAACCGGGAUGAGUCAGUGAGUCAGUUGCGCUUGUGAAUCAUGAUUCACGAGUCAGUAAAGUGAUUCUCGAGUAUUGAACGAUUCGGUCACGAAUCGAACAUCACUAUUCUCGAGUAUUGAACGAUUCGGUCACGAAUCGAACAUCACUAGUGCAGUGACGCUCCUCAGGUUUAGUAUCACAGUCCAGGGAUUCCAGUAAUCUGCAGAACUGAUCUGUUCAUCACAAUGAAGCUGCCGUUUUCUCUGAUUCUCCUCUGGGCACUCUCCACCACAGCUGGAGCCCUUCUAUGCCAAACCUGCACAGAUUCGACGUGUUCAACCACAGUAGCAAAUACAUGUUCAUCGGAAACAAUGUGUGUUACAGCUACCAUUCUAGCUACUUCAUCUGGAACUAUGACAACACAAAUCUACAAGGCAUGUGCAUCUUCCUCCCUGUGUCCAGCCGUAACCUCUCAGACAGUUUCAGUCGACCUGGGUUUUCAAAGUGCUCUGGCUUCUGCUCAAUGCUGCGACACAGAUAACUGCAACUCAGCAACUCUGCCAAAUCCUGCUUCUCAGUCAAAAAAUGGUGGGGUAUGCAACGUUUGUGACCCUUCCACUGGUCAGUGCUCCUCCACAUUACAGUGUCAGGGAGUGGAGAACCAAUGCUUCCAAUCAACUAUCAACAGCGGCACCAAAACGUUUACAGCUUACGGCUGUGCAUCUUCAAACCUGUGUGCAGCUGCUUCAAGCCUGGGAUCUCUACCUUUCAUGCAGAGCGUUGGUACCAUAGCCAGUGGACCAACCUGUUUUGCUGCCCCAACUACAACCGCUGCCCCAACUACAACCACCGUCCCAACUACAACUACAACAGCUAAAACUACAACCACUGCCCCUACUACAACUACAUCUACAACCACUACAAGUACAACUACAACAGCUACAACUACAACCACUGCCCCAACUACAACUACAACAGCUACAACUACAACCACUGCCCCUACUACAUCUCCAACGAUUAAAACUACAACCACCGCACCAACUACAACUACAACCAUGGGUGAUACAAAUGAAUCGUUAUAGUUAUAACAAAACUUGCUUAGGAAAUAAAAGAAAGAAGCACAAUUUCUAUUUCCUAUUUAUUGAUUUAUUUUGCUUUGUGCUUUUUAUUUUCUGCAUUUCUCUCUCUCUAAUCUGAUCUAUAAUACUAGUGAUUGGAUCUACAAAGGUGCAAUGGCGUGUCAUGUGCCACCCUAAAAUAAUCUCUUUCCACCGCUAGUGGCACCCAAGUGUUGCAUUUGACAGUAUUGUUUAUUAAAAUAAGCUAGCAUUAACACUUUGAUCCUAGCUACAGUUAACACUGUGGUAUUUUCCUCUUGUGGUUGCGAAAGUAUUUUUUGAACUUGCACAAAUAAUUUGUGUGGCAUCUUAUUGUGACACCUGAUUGUUGUCUAAUUUUAGUUUUAAACGCAUGUACAAAAACACCAGAUGCAUUGGCUGCACUUUUUGGCUAAAUAGUUGUAUAGAACUUUAUUGUUUACAAAAUUUGGGUGUAGGUCUUUAGAAUUUAGGAAAUUUAGGAAAUUUCUGUAGCCCCUGCUGAUGAUAAAGAUACAAUAAAGCCCUUGUCCUAUAACCUUCUGUGUUUCAGUGUUAAACGGGGAACAUUUCAGACAUCUACUGAUAUAGGUUUAUUUGGUGGUGUGGAGGCUGCUGCUUACAAUCCUCUGUGUAGUUUUCACAAGCGCUGGCAGAGUCAUCUACUUUGCCAUAGAGCAGAUUCCAUGCCACACUGUGAUGCAGGAGCACAGGGAAGUCUCUACCACACAUCUGUAGAAUAGUUUCAGGACUCAGCUUCCAAGUCCAGCGUUCCUUCACCUCCUGAGAAAGUAGAGUGUGCUGGUGCACCUUGUUAACCACAAAGAAAAAGUUGUGGCUCCAGGUAAGGUCCUCAGAGGG